AUUUUAUUUAUUUUUAAAUGCUUUUUACUAUUUUUCGCUCACUUAGUUUUCGUAUUUUCUUAAACCAAUCAAGUUUGAGUUUGGUAUGAGCGGCGGUUUUUUCGGGAUUUUCGUAAAUAAACCGUAUUUUUAACAACAAUAUUGAUGGAUUUUGAUAAUUUACCAGAAACUCCUGGAAGAACACCUCGUAAAAUAGUAGAAGAUGAUUUUAAAACUCCUGCUCAGCCUGAAAGGAUUUUAGUUGGCUCUCAAUCCACUUCUAAAGUUCCCUUGAAAACUCGUUCUAAUUUUGCCGAACCUGAAAGCUUUUUUAAAACUCCUAAAGUUUCAGUAACUCGUAAUCUAUUUCCUGCUAAAGCUUCGUCAGACUAUGGGUACGAGAGAAUACCUCGAGAGGAAUAUCUUAAACAAUUGAAGGAUAUGGGAAUAAUUCUACCAUCUCAAAUGAAUAAAGAAAAUGUAAAGAAACCUAGAGACUUUGUGCCGAUGUCACCUGAACAAGCAUUGGCAAAGGAGGCAGUAAAAAAGAAUCUCUUUUCCGAGGAAGAGGAAGACGAAGAGGAUGAGGAAGAAGAAAAAGAAAAGGAGAAAACUGAAAGAGAAAAUGAAGAAAAGGUAAAAAAUAAGGGAACAAGCAGGAUAAAAGAUGGAAAAUCCAAGAAAGCGACAAAAAUAAGUGAAACAAAGACAGUAGAGAGAAAAAAAAGAGAGAACCCGGAGGACAGAAGGGCUAAACUAGAAGAGUGGAAACUAAAACGUGCUCUGCAGCUAAAACAACAAAAAGGAAAAGGAACAAAAACUUUCAUUCCCUCAGGAGUUGUUCAUUAUGACUUAUCCAAAGGUUUUAUUACUUCUGCCACUGGGACAGUUGACAAGAAAAUCAAUUCUAUACCGACAUGCAAGAGCAAAACAAGAAGAGUAAGCAAUAAAAAAAGUUAUGAAAAAGAAGAAGCAGGAAUAUCCAGAAGAUCUACUUUUACAAAAGAAGAAGCCAAAGAAGCUAUUAACAAAGCACGAAAUGCAGCUGCUACUAAAAGCAGAAAUUCAUCUAUCUCUAAUGGCAAGCAGUCAAAUGUUAAUCAACAUUUGAGUGGAAUUUGUAAAAAAGCGUCUACAUCGUCCCAAGAGAAGGUGGAGAGAGUCGGGAAAUCAAUGAAAAAGGGCACAGCAUCAGUCCGAAUGCCGAAAGCAAUAAACCCACUACUAGUGAGAGACGCUUUAAAUAAAAUCGACCGUAGAGACGCGAAAGGUGAAAAUUAUAAGAGUAAUAUGAAGGCUAAUUCAGCACAGACUUCAACUGUUAAACAUGCCACAAAAACAUAUCCAAAUGCUUCAAAUAAUCGUACUGCAAAACAAAUAGGCCUAUCGCGGAGCUUUUGUAACGUAAAAAGUAAAAUCGACACCGGUCUGAAAGGCCGGAACAAGACGGCUGAACUUUGCUCCAGUAUAAAUCCUGUCGAUAUAUCUCUAAUUGAACCCGUUGUUUCUCCGAAACCAUCAAAUAAUCGAAUAAAAGAAGAAGACAUACCGGUUGACUUUAAUGAUUUUGUAAGAGAUAUGACUAAUAACGAGGACAAAGAUAUGUUAAGAGAAGAAGAAGAUGCGGAAAAGCCAGUACGGUUUGACGAGCAAGAAACUGCUAAGAAGGAUAUAUUGUAUAACAUUACAGAAAUGGCUGAUACACUUUUUUCCAGGCUCUCCUUUAAUGAGAGCGAAAUUGUUGAUGAUAAACAAAAUGGGAUAGAACAGAAGAUAAAAUGUACGGAACUGUUAACUCAGUGGAAAAUUCAAUUUGAUAAUAAUGAAUUAAGCCUUUUGGAUGCAGUAAAAAUGCUUGAUGGAAUCGAGAGAGAUUUCACAGAAGUUGUAUCAUCGAUUGCUCAAUUUUGGAUAUGCAAGUCUUUAAUCGAGCAGAAAAAGGGAGAUUUUAUAUCGACUGUAGCUGUUUUUGAAAAUGCUUUUAAAGCCAAAGCAGCCCCUUGUGAAAUGCUGGUUGAAGAGAUAUCUAAAUUUAUAAGAACUUUGCAAAUCAACUCUAAAUUCCAAGAUCUUCCCGAACCUAUUAAGAAAGAUCAAUGCCUCAAAAGAAAAUCGAGACGCAAUGAUAUUUCAGAAACGACAAUAUUUUUAUCCAGUAUGAAAAAGUAUUUAGUAAAGGAUUUUAAUACGCCUUAUUUCUCAAGAUUAAGAAAAAGUAUUAUUAAAAAAGAUGUUUCUAAAAUUGUAACACCUGUAAGAAGGUCAACGAGAACGUCAAUAAAAAAGCUACCGUCUAUGUUAAGAGAUGAUGAUCAAAUUUUGUUAAAUGAUGCUACUGAAGUGCCUGAAGAUGCCGAAUUUCUGGACCGAAUAGGUUACUAUGACGACAAGUGUGAAUUUGAUUAAAGCUUUGAAGGUUUUCUGUUGACUUUGUUUCUAUUUUAUUUUACCUUCGUUUUAUUUGGAAAGCUCUCUUUUCUUUUAUUUAUUUAUUAUGGAAACGAUAAGCGGUAGAUGACGCUAUCUGUAGUAAAAGCAUUAUGAAACCUUUGGUACUAAAAAGCAAGUAGCUUAACAUUUUUUAUAAAUAACAAUUUAUCCGCUUUACUAGGGGAAUGUUUGUUGACAUUGACAUAUUCCAUUUGAUACAUACAAUACAUAAAGAAAGAGAGCAGGAAAAUUUCUCGUUAUUUCCGGAACUUUUAAAUUUACGUUGUUUUUUCUUUAUCUUACCGACCGGAAAAUUAUACAUCCAUUAUCGACCAGUUUACUAAUCGGCUUUUAUUUUGGACCAUGAAAACACAACAACCAGUAACAUUUUUGCCCGCGCUAACGGUUGUCAUGGAAACGGAAAUUUUGCAGGUGUAUGUAUAAAGAAAAUCUCGCUUCAUAAGUAAUAUAUUAAAAUUGAAUGUACAAUGAGAGCGUCUCUUUGCUGAUCGAAAGCAGCCGGCGCUCUAAUCUCAUCAGGAAU